AUGUCGCGUUUUCUUCGAAUUUUUCGCCAAGUUACUGUAGAACCAGUGCUGUUUGUGUUUAUGCUAUGUACUUUUCUUAAAUAUCCUGUAAACCAGCAGCUUAUUUUCCGUAAAACGUGCAUACAGUUGUACAACGAAUCGUUUUGUGCAAACAACUUUACAAGGAAAGCAUGUGGAAAGAGCCUGAGUGAACAGGAAAAUGCCGUUCAAAAAUCAAGUUCAGAAUGGAUUUUCUACAACUCUGUUGCUUAUUCUGUUCCAUCUAUUAUUUCGUCGCUUCUUUUGGGUUCAUGGUCAGAUAAAUUUGGUCGGAAGGUAGCCAUACUGUUGCCUCUUAUUGGGCUAGCAAUUGAAGCUAUAUCAAGUAUACUAAAUGUUCACUUUUAUGAUGCAUCACCGGUGUACCUAUUGUAUGGCAAUAUACUAUCUGGUAUAUUUGGUGGGUUUAGUACGAUCUUAAUGGCUUUGUUUUCCUAUAUGGCAGACAUCACAAAAGAUAAAAGUAAUCGGACGUUACGAAUAGGUCUACUUGAAUCGAUGACAUUUGUUGGAGGGGCAACGGGAGAGCUAAUCAGUGGUGUUCUAAUUGAGAAGCUUGGUUUUAUGGCUCCAUAUAUAAUCGUUUUAACUUUAAUAACCAUUAUAAUAUUUUAUAUCUUGUUCGUGCUGAAGGAAUCGUAUUUUCCUAAUCAGCAAUCAAGGUUUUUCUCCCUCAACACUUUUCAUGGCAGUUUGAAAGUGUGGAUCAAGCAUCGACCACAAAAUAAUAGAAUACACCUUCUAUUGUUACUAGCUGUUGGAUUUUUCGUGCCAAUUCUUAGUAAGCAAUAUUUACUAUAUGUCCUUAAUAAAAUUUCUAUAGUCCAGGCUGGAAUGUUACAGCCUCUGUGGCUCAUUUGAUUAGAGUGCUGCACUGGAAUUGCAGAGCUGCAGGUUUAAUUCCUGCCAGAGGACCUAGCUAUAUGGUGUUGCCUUUUUUGCAACCAUUCCUGGUUAGGUCUUAAUUUGUGUGUAUAUAUUAUAACUCAUCAAACUCAGCAUUUGAAUGACUAUUACCAUAUUGUUAACCCAUUAAACAGCAGUACUCUACUUUAUCAUUCUUUGUUUAAUGUCAUAUGAUUUUACUGGUUACAAGAGGUCUCAUUGCAGCUUCUUAAUUAAUUAAUACCGGUAUUAAUGAUUUCAAAGGCUUUGGGUUAUUUGAACUUGAACAGUCUUUACCAGCAUGGGUACAGUGUACCCAAAAACUGUAGAUGGGUAGGGAUUCAACUACCUGAAAAUGAAAAUUUUAAAAUAAAAGUAAAAUAUAAAAAAAAUUCUACUUGUAUUUUUUUAGGUAGUGGAAUCCCUACUCCUUUCUUUGAGUCAUUAAACCUUAUUUACUUUUAAUAUGAGAAUACAAUUAUGAAAAAUAUUAAAUUGUUUACUAUGUUUUCUUUUUAGUUUUCACUGGCACAAAUGAUGUCCUUAUUUUGUUUGUUCUCCAUCGUCCAUUCUGCUUUUCGUCUUCCAUGAUUGGUUACUUUCUUGCAGUUUCAUUGGUUGUCAAAGGUGUUGGUGUCUUAAUUGGAAUGCCAGUCAUGACUCGUAUUUUAAAACUCUCGGAUACAACUAUUGUUUGUGCUGGUAUCAUCACAAACAUUGCUAGCACAGUGUUCAUGGCAUUCACAACAAAUACAUGGCAAGCUUUUCUUGGUGAGUUAUACUUAAUGGGUUAUUCCAAAAAACAUCCAUACCACUCCCACAGAGGAAAUUGGAAGUGAACUCCCCACCCCCUUUGCAUGUCCUAAUACACUUACUAAUAAUGAUUUUUCUGUGUUGGUGUAAUGUACUCAAGGGAAUAUGAUGCUUGUGUGUUGCUGUGAGUGUAUAUCCACACCGGGCAAGCUUGAAAAAUAUGCCACGGUGGGAUUCAAACCUACGACCUUUGGAAUACUAGCCCAAUGCUCUGCCAACUGAGCUACGCGGUCUGGUCGGUUCGAGUAUGUGAUAUUUCGGAACAGAAUCUACAGUAGUACUAUGGCAGAGCAUUGGGCUAGUAUUCCAAAGGUUGUAGGUUCGAAUCCCACCGUGGUCAGGCAUAUUUUUCAAGCUUGCCCAGUGUGGAUAUACACUCAGAGUAACAUCACAAGCAACACUUACUAAUAACUAUCAUCAAAAACAAUUUUUCUCCCCUUCCCCUCCAAAUGGCAAAAAUGUUCUCUGUGGGAGGAGUGUGGAUCUUUAUUCUGGAAUGACCCAAUGGAGGAAAUAUUGGUUGAUCAUUUAGUUAUCUCCCCUUACUUUGUUUCAAGGAGAGCACUAUAGCAAUUUUAGUUGAAAAAUGAUGCAGCUGUUUUUUUCUAAUUGAUACUGGUACACAGCACAAGUUCAAUUUCUUAUCACUCACUACUCUCCUGCUUGCCAUACAAUAUUCAAGGCAAUUUUCAAAUAAUUUUUCAAUAUUUGACUUUCAUAAUUAUUGUGUUUUUAGCAAUUUCAUCUGGCAUAUUCAAUGGAAUUACUGUUCCUGCUGUUCGAGCAAUCAUGUCUAAAUUGGUUGGCAGUGAUGAACAAGGUUUGUCUUAGUAUAUGUUUGAGUCACUUAAUCUAUGGAAAGUUAGUCAAUCAGUUCGUCAGCUAGCCAUUUCAUGGCUGUAGAUUCUAUUUUUGUGGAGGUAGCCAAUUAUUGAAUUGAGAUAACCACGGGGGUCUACGGAUGAGAAUGGAUCCUGAAGUCAAAUUGCAAAUGGUGUACAAUUUGGCUAGAUCCUGCCCUAAUAGCUUUCUUAGUUUGUCUUAACCAAUUAAGUUGCACUGUACCCCAAUGUGCCCCACUAUAUUAUUUUAAUGUGUCGUAUGUAACACUUUAACAAAUGUUCUUUAUUUCAGGAAGUUUAUUUGCUGUGUUAGCCAGUGCAUCAUCAGUUGGGACGCUUGUUGCAUCUUCCAUAUUUAACAAUAUUUACAAAGUGACUGUUUCCACAUGGCCUGGACUGUGUUUCAUUGUUAUGUCUUGCCUGCUACUCUUGCCUCUUUUUUUGAUGAUGUAAGUCACCCGUCUCCUAAUGUGCAUCAUUUUGUCAUAGGCGAUUUUUUUCAGGCCUACCUACCCAAUUUGUUUUUAGGAUAUAUUAAAAACCAGAGCCACAGGAUGUUUUGUGUUAAUAUAGGCCUGAUUUGUGACAUUUAGUACAUCAUUUUCAUCAUUUGAGAAAUGCUGGUGUAAAUACCUGUCAAAAAAUUCCCCUAUAUCAGAUGAAACUGAUCCAUUCCAGUUGUACAGUUUCAAUUCAAGAAUAUAUCACUAUAAGAUUAUUUUUUUGGCAAAUGAGGCGUGCUGAUUAUUUACUCAAUAUUCAUUCAUUAUAACAUUAUUGACAAACUUGUCUCUGUUUUAACUUUUUAUUCAUUCUGUUUGUAUAAUUUGUUGUUUUGCGUCAGAAUUAGUGAUUUUUUAUUCCAUUAAAGAUACUUUUGCAUUUGCGUCAAGACAUCAGACUAUCAUCUGGAGGUGAAUGAUGCUGAUACAUUGGUUGAUUCACAGGAGAGUGUUACUUAG